UUUUAAUGCUCAAUGUUUCUUUUAUUCUGUUACUACAUUGUUUCAUCUUCUUUUCUUUUACUUCUUCAAAAUCUUUAUAUAUUUUUUAAUGGUUAAUGUUUGAUUUAUUAUUAGUUCUUGUUUUGUUACUUUGAGGGUUUGUUUGUAUCAACAUUUCAUGCUUUGUUCAACAAAUAUUGUUUUUGUGAUGAAUUCUGUUUUCUUGGUGUUUAUUGUUAAUAGUUAUAUUUGACUUGUUUUUGUUUUAUUUGUUGCCAAUGUAUGUAUAUAUGUUACUCCAGUGAUGGAUGCUGUUUUGUUUUCAUUUAACCUUGAUCGCGUAUUCAUGUUGAAAUUUCCUAAAGAAAGCUUCUUUUUUGUUUUGUUUUUCACAGGUGUGAGUGAAUGCUACUUUUGAAUUAUGGCUUUUAAGGGUUCUGAUAACUCAAAUGCGAGCAAUCCUGUUUCUUAUGACGAUGCUGAUUAUGAUGAUGAUGUUCCUUUGUCAACAAGGUUAUCCCGGAUGUCGGAUUCGAGAACAUGCAGUAGCAAUCGCGGCCGCGAUGUUCCUGUUAAGAAGAGGGGUUGUACUACUACAAUAGCAGUUAAGAGGGGAUUCGAUAGCAACGGUUCAUCGCAAACUUCUGUUAAGAAAUUAAAGGUGUUACCAUAUGAUAAUCCCAGUAAAGAUAAAGACAGUACUCCUUUGUCAAGGAGAGUUGAAAUUCCGAAGAAAUCGACUGAUAAAUCAUUUUCUUCGUUGAAGAAAGAACUUGUAUUGGUAGAAAAAUCAUUUGAGGAAUGUAAAAAGAAGAAACAACGAGAAGAGGAGAGAUUGAUUUCCAUAAAGAGAGAGAUCGAGGAGUGCUCCAUAGAGCUCGGAAAGAUGAAAAAGGAAGUUAGUAGCACUAAUGAAUCUCACAAGAAAUUGCAGGGAGAAUUUGAUGAAUGUGUCAAGGAUUUUGAUGCAAAGAAAGCACAGCUCUGUUUGAUGAAUGACUUGAUUGGAGAGCGCAAGCAGGAACUCAGAACAAAAGAAACAGAACUUCGUCAAGUCAAGGAUAACAUUGACAAGGAAAGGAAACUCGACACUCUUUCCCGAAAAAUUGCUGAAUGUACUGUGGAACUUAAGACUAAAGAGAAAGAGCGUGAUGCGAUGAAAAAACAAAUUGACGAACAAGCAGAAAGAUUAAAAUCAGAAAGGAAGAAGUUACUGAAGGUAAUUCAAUUAAGUAAGAAUGAUCCACAAACUCAAAUGGUGGAGUUUGAGUCACUGAAGAAGCAAUUUGAAGAGAGGGUUAAGAGGCUUGAGUUAAAAGAGAAAAGAUGCGAAGAAAGAGCGGUGGUGCUUGAGUCAAAGGAGAAGCACUUUGAAGGCUGCGUAAAUGAGAUCAAGUUAAAAGAGAAUCAGCUCAAAGACGAAAGGAAGGAGUUUACAUUGAAGUUGGAGAAAUUUGAUUACCAAACGAGGGAGCUUGAAUCUGAAAAGAAGCAUUUUGAUAGCCAGAUGAAGGAGAUGGAAUCAAGAGAGAGGCAAUUUGAAGGACGGUCGAAGCAGCUAGAGUUUAAAGAGGAGCAACUGAAAGUCCGAAUGGAGGAGUCUCAUUCAAAAGAGGAACAAUUCAAAGGCCAAGUGAAGGACCUUCAGUCAAAAGAAAACGAACUUGAUGUCCGGGUGAAGGAGAUCGAAUCAGAAACGAAGCAAUUUGAAGGACAAUUGAAGGAGCUCCAGUCAAAAGAAAAGUUACUUGAGGGCCAAAUGAAGGAGAUUCAAUCAAUAAAGGAGGAAUAUGAAGACCGAGGAAAGGAACUUAAGUCCAGAGAGGAGAAACUCAAAGCUCGAAUGCAGGAACUCAAGCGUUUUGCAAGCCAAAUGGAGGAUUUUUAUUCAGAAGAAAUACAAUUUGAAGGACAGGGGAAAGAGACUGAAUCAGAAGACAAGAACUUCAAAGUACACGAGAAGGAGCUCAAGCCAAAAGAGAAGCAGUUUGAGGGACGCAUGGAGGGUCUUGAGUCAAAGCCAAGUGAAUUUGAUGGACAGCUGGAGCGGCCUGAGUUAAGAGAGAAACAAUAUGAUGCUUUAAUAGAACCAUUUGAUGAAGAAACAGAAUUCGCUAAUUAUGCAGUUACAUCGUACACAUGUAAUCAAUUAAGUCCCGCCAUUGAUGAAAGAAGUUUGAUGUUGCUCCCAUGUGAGCAAACAGAGGAACUUGAGUUGUCUGACGAUGACAUUCUAGGUAAUCUGCAAGGCUUUUCAGAUCCAUCAAAAGUUGUUUUGGAAAUAAUACAGAACCCUAUUAUUAAAAAGUGUAAGAUGGGAGAUGAUGCUGUUAUUAUUGAGGAUAGCCACAUUCAUCUGCUCAAUGAACUUAGGAGAAUCUCACCGGAUAUUAGACCUGAUGUAAAAGAAGAAGCAAUGAAGUUAGCACUUGAUUUGAAAGCUAACAUAAGUCAAAACAAUGAAAAUUCAGCGGCUGUUCUUGGUUUUCUACUUCUUCUGUCAAUUUAUGGACUGGUUCCUUCUUUCGACGAAGAAGAAGUUUUGAAGCUUUUCGAACUUGUUUCUCAGCACAACUUAGCUGUAGAGCUGUUUGGGGCCAUGGGUUUUGCAGAUAAAAUAUCAGAUUUUGUUGAUAAUCUGAGAAAGAGAGAACAAUAUGUUGAAGCUGUUUCAUUCAGUUGUGCAUUUAACUUGAGCAACAAUAAUCAAUUAGUUGAUCUCUUGCGAGAACAUGUGCAGAAUGCAAAACUGAUUUCUGAGAGUACUUGCAUGAAAACCAACUCCAUCGAAAUUAAGGAAAAAGCCAUAGAUCAAGAAAUUGCUAGUCUCGAAGCUGUAGUACAGUGUAUUGGAGAUAACAACCUAGAAUCAGAGGGAUCUACUUAACAACAUUGAUGAUCGUAUAAUAGAGCUGAAGAGACAGAACGGCAGACAAAACUUGCCAACACAUUCUGUUUGUUGUAAAUGAAUUAACAGUGUUCAUGUAGUUAGCUUCAAACUCUUGCUAAUUCUUGUAAAUUGAACUGCUACUACUGAUUUGUACACUGUUAGAUAUAAAUAAGUUAAUUGUUAUCUAGUUUAUGAAACAUUCCAUCUUCAUGAA